CAUAACAACUGUCAGUAUCCAGCGAGAUAUGAAGCUGAAAACAAGGAUGACGAAGAGCAACGAUCAGUUGGAUAUUACUGUUGGGUUUGACACGGACUAUGGUGGAUUUAGCAUCACCUUAAGGAUCUAAACUGUACCUUCGCAUUUUCUAUGAUUUGGCGGAUUUAUCGCACCGUUUUUCUCCUGAAGUGAUUUUCUUUUCCCAUCACCGGCAGCCAUGGGGAACAUGUUUGCGGGGCUCUUUAAAAUGUUUGGGAAGAAGGAGAUGAGGAUACUAAUGGUGGGCUUGGAUGCUGCAGGAAAGACAACUAUUUUGUACAAGCUUAAACUUGGAGAGAUUGUGACAACCAUUCCAACAAUAGGUUUCAAUGUAGAGACAGUAGAGUAUAAAAACAUCAGUUUCACAGUAUGGGAUGUUGGCGGUCAAGACAAAAUCCGACCACUGUGGCGUCAUUAUUUUCAGAAUACACAGGGUAAUUUU